CACUUCCUCCUCGGCCGCAGCCAUUGUCUUCUGGCUCAUCUCUCUCCUCCCCUCCCCUCCCCGCUUCUUCUCUUCUCCACCCAGACGCCGUUAAACCCCACCUCGCCUGCGGCUGCCGGCGGCGAGCCCCUAACGGAGCAGGGACCGAGCGCGCAGGAGCGGGAGAAAGAUGGGGACCCUCGGGCGCGCGAUCUACACGGUGGGCAAGUGGAUCCGUGGCACGGGGCAGGCCAUGGACCGCCUCGGAUCCACCAUCCAGGGCGGCCUCCGCGCCGAGGAGCAGGUGUCAAGGCAUCGUACAGUCAUGAGCAUAUUUGAUAAGGAGCCACGGAUCAACAAAGAUGUUUUUGUUGCGCCCAGUGCAUCUGUCAUUGGUGAUGUUGAGAUUGGACAUGGAUCAUCAAUCUGGUAUGGCUCCGUUUUGAGAGGUGAUGUCAACAGUAUUCGUAUUGGAUCUGGAUCAAAUAUACAGGACAACUCCCUUGUACAUGUUGCAAAGACUAGCAUUAGUGGGAAGGUCCUUCCGACGAUCAUUGGAAGCAACGUUACAGUAGGUCAUAGUGCUGUUUUGCAUGCAUGCACCAUUGAGGAUGAAGCUUUUGUUGGUAUGGGUGCCACUUUGCUUGAUGGUGUGGUUGUUGAAAAGCACAGCAUGGUUGGCGCUGGAUCUCUUGUCAAGCAGAAUACGAGGAUUCCUUCUGGGGAGGUCUGGGUUGGUAAUCCUGCCAAGUUCCUAAGGAAGCUGACAGAGGAGGAGAUCACAUUCAUCGCCCAAUCGGCAGCCAACUACAUCAACUUAGCUCAAGUUCAUGCCACUGAGAAUUCCAAGAGCUUCGACGAGAUUGAGCUCGAGAAGAAGUUGAGGAAGAAGUUUGCUCACAAAGACGAGGAGUACGACUCUAUGCUCGGAAUAGUCCGUGAGAUCCCGCCGCAGCUCAUCCUCCCCGACAACAUCCUCCCAGACAAGGCACCGAAAACAGCUGCCGUCGCUCGCUGAGAUCAAACCCCUCGUAGGGAUGCUUUGGUUUUUGUUACAUGGCGACUUGGAACAUUUGACGUAUGUUUUGGUCUUGUUCUCUGUUUUUUCAUGCCCAAUAAGAUUUUGGGUCGAGCGCUGUUGUAGGAUCGACCGUAUACAGUAUCUCUCUUUCACAUUGCAAUGAAGAGGAGCCCGGGAUCACUUUUACACCUUC